AUGCAGUUAGAGAUGGAUGCUAGACCACCAGCACCCUCAGUGGCAUCUCUUGCAGACUGGCAUGACGAGCCAGCGGAUGAGGAAUUAGAGAGUUAUGCUGAGCCACCACCUGACUCAGUAGAAAGUACUGCACAAUGGCCUGAUGAGCCGUAUAACGAGAAGUUGGAAAGAGAUUCUGAGCCGCCACCAGACUCAGUAGAAAGUACUGCACAAUGGCCUGAUGAGCCGUAUAACGAGAAGUUGGAAAGAGAUUCUGAGCCGCCACCAGACUCAGUAGAAAGUACUGCACAAUGGCCUGAUGAGCCCUAUAACGAGAAGUUGGAAAGAGAUUCUGAGCCGCCACCAGACUCAGUAGAAAGUACUGCACAAUGGCCUGAUGAGCCCUAUAACGAGAAGUUGGAAAGAGAUUCUGAGCCGCCACCAGACUCAGUAGAAAGUACUGCACAAUGGCCUGAUGAGCCCUAUAACGAGAAGUUGGAAACAGAUUCUGAGCCGACACCAGACUCAGUAGAAAGUACUGCACAAUGGCCUGAUGAGCCCUAUAACGAGAAGUUGGAAAGAGAUUCUGAGCCGCCACCAGACUCAGUAGAAAGUACUGCACAAUGGCCUGAUGAGCCCUAUAACGAGAAGUUGGAAAGACAUAAUGAGCCGCCACCAGACUCAGUAGAAAGUACUGCACAAUGGCCUGAUGAGCCCUAUAAUGAGAAGUUGGAAAGAGAUUCUGAGCCGCCACCAGACUCAGUAGAAAGUACUGCACAAUGGCCUGAUGAGCCCUAUAACGAGAAGUUGGAAAGACAUUCUGAGCCGCCACCAGACUCAGUAGAAAGUACUGCACAAUGGCCUGAUGAGCCCUAUAAUGAGAAGUUGGAAAGAGAUUCUGAGCCGCCACCAGACUCAGAAGAAAGUACUGCACAAUGGCCUGAUGAGCCCUAUAACGAGAAGUUGGAAAGACAUUCUGAGCCGCCACCAGACUCAGUAGAAAGUACUGCACAAUGGCCUGAUGAGCCCUAUAAUGAGAAGUUGGAAAGAGAUUCUGAGCCGCCACCAGACUCAGUAGAAAGUACUGCACAAUGGCCUGAUGAGCCCUAUAACGAGAAGUUGGAAAGACAUUCUGAGCCGCCACCAGACUCAGUAGAAAGUACUGCACAAUGGCCUGAUGAGCCCUAUAACGAGAAGUUGGAAAGAGAUUCUGAGCCGCCACCAGACUCAGUAGAAAGUACUGCACAAUGGCCUGAUGAGCCCUAUAACGAGAAGUCGGAAAGAGAUUCUGAGCCGCGACCAGACUCAGUAGAAAGUACUGCACAAUGGCCUGAUGAGCCCUAUAACGAGAAGUUGGAAAGAGAUUCUGAGCCGCCACCAGACUCAGUAGAAAGUACUGCACAAUGGCCUGAUGAGCCCUAUAACGAGAAGUUGGAAAGAGUUUCUGAGCAGCCACCAGACUCAGUAGAAAGUACUGCACAACGGCCUGAUGAGGCCUAUAACGAGAAGUUGGAAAGAGAUUCUGAGCCGCCACCAGACUCAGUAGAAAGUACUGCACAAUGGCCUGAUGAGCCCUAUAACGAGAAGUUGGAAAGACAUUCUGAGCCGCCACCAGACUCAGUAGAAAGUACUGCACAAUGGCCUGAUGAGCCCUAUAACGAGAAGUUGGAAAGAGUUUCUGAGCAGCCACCAGACUCAGUAGAAAGUACUGCACAAUGGCCUGAUGAGGCCUAUAACGAGAAGUUGGAAAGAGAUUCUGAGCCGCCACCAGACUCAGUAGAAAGUACUGCACAAUGGCCUGAUGAGCCCUAUAACGAGAAGUUGGAAAGACAUUCUGAGCCGCCACCAGACUCAGUAGAAAGUACUGCACAAUGGCCUGAUGAGCCCUAUAACGAGAAGUUGGAAAGAGAUUCUGAGCCGCCACCAGACUCAGUAGAAAGUACUGCACAAUGGCCUGAUGAGCCCUAUAACGAGAAAUUGGAAAGAGUUUCUGAGCCGCCACCAGACUCAGUAGAAAGUACUGCACAAUGGCCUGAUGAGCCCUAUAAUGAGAAGUUGGAAAGAGAUUCUGAGCCGACACCAGACUCGGUAGAAAGUACUGCACAAUGGCCUGAUGAGCCCUAUAACGAGAAGUUGGAAAGACAUUCUGAGCCGCGACCAGACUCAGUAGGAAGUACUGCACAAUGGCCUGAUGAGCCCUAUAAUGAGAAAUUGGAAAGAGUUUCUGAGCCCCAACCAGACUCAGUAGAAAGUACUGCACAAUGGCCUGAUGAGCCCUAUAAUGAGAAGUUGGAAAGAGAUUCUGAGCCGCCACCAGACUCAGUAGAAAGUACUGCACAAUGGCCUGAUGAGCCCUAUAACGAGAAGUUGGAAAGAGAAUCUGAGCCACCACCAGACUCAGCAGAAAGUACUGCACAAUGGCCUGAUGAGCCCUCUAAUGAGAAGUUGGAUAUACAUGAUGAGCCCUCCAAUAAGGAAUGUUUGGCAACCACCUCUAUCUUUGCAGAAUAUUGUCGUUUGAGAGCAUCUCUUAGUGUUGGCCUUAUGAAAGUAAUGCCCUUAAAAACAGGACCAUUUCCGAUCAAAACAGCCUUUAUCGUUACAGGCCCACCGAAGAAAAGGGCCUUUACUGAACGGAAGGUGUGUCCUAUUAAGGCAGCCUUCAUAGUCACAGGGCCUCCAAAGAUAAGAGCAUUUACUCCAAAGAAGGUCUGA